AACAUAGAAGCUUACUAAGAAACUUAAACUUGCUCUUCUUAACAACCCCUUUAAAACUUUCAAUCAUAUCCUAGUUUUCAGUUCUAUAUAUGGCAAGCAAGACAAAGCAGGAAUUCUCACAAGAAACAAUGGAAGAGGUGUUGAAUUCUAUUAAGUAUGCAUGUGAAUUGGCAAGAAACUUUGAACCAGAACUACCCAACAUGGCCAACCACCCUGACUUGCUAUCCUUGUCUAUUGAUGAGGUGAUGAAGGCAUUUGUUGAAGCUAAAGAAAAGCUAACGAUGAUGAUGUUUUCACAGCAAGAACUAACUACAACAAUUACACCACCUUCUUCCUUUGUUCCAAUGCUGCCUCAUGAUGUUUUUAAGCAUGAAACUCAGAAGCAGGCUCAGAUGUUGGAUCAGUUGUUUCGAAUGCAGCAGCAGCCGUUUGAUGUGAGGGCCUUGCUUGAGAACAAAAUGGUGAUGAGUGGUGGCAGCGAUGUUCCGCACCUGUUAAGGUAUAGGGAUGUGGAAGGUUCCUCUGAGAGAUCAAAGGAAGGAGAAAUGCAGGGAAUAGAAGCAUCACCUUCACAUCCCAAAAAAAGUGAUAGCAGAAAGAUUGAUCUGGAGAAGAGAAUAGCGAUGGUUCCUGCACCCUUGGUUGGAAACACUGAGAUGCCACCAGAAGAUGGUUUCACUUGGAGAAAAUAUGGUCAAAAAGAGAUUCUUGGUUCCAAAUACCCAAGGAGUUACUAUAGGUGCACCCACCAGAAAUUAUAUGCAUGCCCUGCUAAGAAGCAAGUACAAAGACUUGAUGGCAAUCCUAACAUAUUUCAAGUAACAUACAGAGGUGACCAUACCUGUCACAUGUCCUCAACAGCACCAUCAUCAUAUCCAGCACCACAACUACUAGUAAAUAUAUCUAGGGACAUGACUCCAACUACAAUUUCCCCCCAAUUGUCUCCAUCAUCAACUUCAGUCCAUGGGUGGCUGUCGUCGGUGAACCUCAGCCGCCACUCAGGUGGUGGUACCGGCGGUGGUAGUGGUAGUGGUGGUGCUGGACCCUCAACUUCAAAAUAUGGAAUUGAUUAUCCAGUAGCUGAUAUGGCUGAUGUCAUGUUCAACUCUGGUAGUAGCAGUGGUAACAGUAUGGAAUCUCUGUUUGCUUCAGCUGAAGAUAAAUGAGAGUCAGGGGUGAAGAAAAGCUGAACUAUAUUGUAGUUAAUUUCAUACAUAAUAUAUUCAUUUUCCAAUAUAUUUCUCUUACAAAUUUAUAGAUAUCAUCAUUGUAACAAAGUAGCAAAUAGAUGGUAUAGGCUUCAUGUGCAGGUAUAUAUCCUGCACUUUAAUUCUUGACUAUGGUAACACUUAGUAGAGAGAAAGUAUGUUGAAAUUCGCAAUUUUUUUCUCCUUGUAAUAUUUGCAAUUUUGAAGAAUAAAUC